AUGUUUCUUAAGAAGCUUCUUGCAAUAGCAACGAAGAGCGAAACACUAGUGCACACCACAAGUACAUAUGCAAUGUAUGACACCACAUUCGAAAAUAAAAACGCCACAAAGCUUGUCUUUGCACAAUCUCCGGAAGCCUAUUCCUUUUUAAAGAAGAUAAAGCAUGACACAAUAAUCGGUAUUUAUAAACUGAAUGUAGAAAAGAAGUACCUGGUGACAAGAAGACUAUUUCCCUUUUGCUCUAUGUUCAGGAAGGAGGCCAAGGAGUUCAACAAAUACAUAUUUCUCAAGAUGGCGGAGGCACUAAUGUUUCUCCAUGACCAGUGUGGUACGAUCCAUAGAAAUAUUGUGAAAGACUCUCUAUUCUUCAGUGAGGAAGGCAAUAUAGUCCUCGGAGGAUUCGAGAAGAGUAGGAAAAGUGGUACAUUUGAUGAGGAUAGCAUGAUGUUUAGUAAUCUUCUGAAUGAACUGGUGGGGAUUGAUGUAAAACUUGAAGACUUUGUCAAGAAUAGAGGGUUCUGCUCAGACAUAUUCUUUGAUCUAGAGAUUGCAUUCUUUGGGUACAAGUCCUUCACUGCUGAGCAGAAGCUAGACUUUAUUUCGAAGACAAGGAAGAGUAAGGACGAGUUCAUAGAUAUUCAUAAGAGAAGGAUAGCUUGGAUGGUUCUUGGAGACAUAAGUACAAAUGCUCAGAAAGACUUCAAGAUACUGGGUGCUGACUUUAUCUUGUGUCUUGACGUCCCCAACAUGGAAGAGUUUCUAUCUCCGCUAUUCUCCAUACUAGACACGGACGUGAGGCUCUACCUUCUUAGAAACCCCGAGAAAUAUAUAGGCCGAGUUACUUCUUUGGAUCCCAUAAUAAAGAGUCUGUCUCUUGGAAUCAAAUGUAAGGACAAGCAGCUCAGGGAGGAAACAAUCGUGUUUGUCAAAGAGAACGUAUCAAUGAUAUCUAAAAAGCAACAAUCUGAGAUACUGGAAACAAUGUGUGAGUAUGUGUCUGACGAUCAAGGGAUGCAUUCCGUCCUUAAGUUUCUUCAUGACGUAAGACCUAUCUUUAAGAAGACAGAUGUUGUUUAUAGAAUCCUCUGCAAAUACCUAAUUCAAUCAAAAUCGAAAGUGCAGGUUCUUCACACAAUGGAGAUUUUUUAUGAGACCUUUGACAACUUCAAGAUGACCGCGGAGCUUCUGCCGCUCCUCUGUGGGUAUUUAUCUAACAGGCAUGCUCAACCUGCAGUAUUUUCGCUUAUAGAAAAAAUCCUAGCACACCUCAAGGAGCAUAAGACGGAGAUAAUAGAUAGGGAGUGGAAAAUAGGGAGCAUUAAGAACAUCUUCAGGUUUAAAUCCUCGGCACAUCAAGGAGCAGUGUGUGCUGAAAAUGGUGAGGCACAGUUGUCAAAGCCCCAAAAUGAGUCGAACAGAAAACAUGAAGAGUACGACAACGAUCAGAGUGAUGGAUGGGAUGAUCCAUGGUAA